GGGGAACCAGCCGCACCGACCGAGCCGUCGGGUUGGGGCAGCCGCGGGCGAGUGGAUCGAGCAACUCCCAACGAGACGCAGGCGGACGGGCGGGUGCUGGGAACCGAGGGACAGGUCAUUCCCGCGGGUCUGUGAAGAAGGUCGGCGGCCCCAGCGGGUGCCAGUCAGCUUUAAAAAAAAAGUAGAAAUCACUCCUGACUAUACUGCAUAGCAAAAAUUAAGUGACUUCCUAUACUGCAAAUCAUGGCACUACCAUUCCGGAAGGACUUAGAAAAGUACAAGGACCUAGAUGAAGAUGAGCUCCUUGGGAAUCUAUCAGAAACAGAACUGAAACAACUGGAAACUGUUCUGGAUGACCUUGACCCUGAGAAUGCCCUUCUGCCUGCAGGGUUCCGGCAGAAGAACCAGACGUCAAAGUCCGCCACAGGGCCAUUUGAUAGAGAGCACCUCCUUUCAUACCUGGAGAAGGAGGCACUGGAGCAUAAGGACAGGGAAGACUAUGUGCCCUACACUGGAGAAAAGAAAGGGAAAAUAUUUAUCCCUAAACAGAAGCCUAUGCAGACUUUCACAGAAGAAAAAGUAUCUCUUGAUCCAGAAUUAGAAGAAGCUUUGACAAGUGCUUCUGAUACAGAAUUGUGUGACCUUGCAGCUAUUCUUGGGAUGCACAACUUGAUAACGAAUGUCCAGUUAUGUGAUAUAGUGGGAAGUAGUAAUGGUGUCGACCAAGAACAUUUUUCAAAUGUGGUAAAAGGUGAAAAGAUUCUUCCAGUAUUUGAUGAGCCACCAAAUCCAACCAAUGUUGAAGAGAGUUUAAAGAGAAUUAAAGAAAAUGAUGUUUGUCUUGUUGAAGUUAAUUUGAAUAAUAUAAAGAAUAUCCCAGUUCCAACCCUAAAAGAUUUUGCAAAAGCUUUGGAAACCAACACACACGUGAAAUAUUUCAGUCUUGUGGCCACGCGGAGCAAUGACCCUGUCGCUGUUGCUUUUGCAGAUAUGCUGAAAGUGAACAAAACUUUGAAGAGCUUAAAUAUGGAGUCCAACUUUAUUACAGGAGCUGGGAUUCUAGCACUGAUUGAUGCUCUGAGAGAUAAUGAAAGCCUGGCAGAGCUCAAGAUUGACAAUCAGAGGCAGCAGUUGGGGACAGCUGUAGAAUUGGAAAUGGCCAAGAUGCUUGAGGAGAAUACGAACAUCCUUAAAUUUGGAUAUCAGUUUACACAGCAGGGACCCCGAACCAGGGCGGCUAACGCUAUAACAAAAAACAAUGACUUAGUUCGCAAAAGACGAGUUGAAGGAGACCACCAGUAAGUCCACCAAGAUCCAAUCUUUGGGAGACUUGAAGGGUUCACCAAGAGCUCAUAGUGGUGAUGUCAGAUGUAACAUUUUCCUGGGUAGAAGGGAAAAGACUGGAAAUCUUUUUUUUUUUUUUUUUCAAACUACAUGUAUCUUUUUUCUAGUUUACGUUAACAGUUUCAAACUGUAAAAUCAAUAGGUGGUAUUUUGUAACUUUUUUUUCUGCUAAAAUCAAUUUUAAUUUAGCUUAAUUAAAUGGUUUGUGAUGAGUCAUGAGUUAAGUACAAUUGUGAAAGAAGUUUAGGAAAUCAUUUAUGUAAAAUACUAUGAACAUUUUAAGGACCAAUCUUUUUUAAAUCAAAAAGGGACCUGACGGAUACGAGAAUUGCUGUUGCACCUGUUAGGUAGAAGACCCUCAUCAGCUUUCUUUCCUUAUCCCGUUGCAUGGAGCCCUUGCCGUGUUUUAGAAUACAUGAACUUGGCAAGAGUGUGCUUUCCGUUUCUAUCAAGAAAGCAAAAUGCCAAAAAUUUUAAAACCGAUGACUCAAGAUCUGGUCCUCUGUUCAGGAGCACCAGCCCAUCUUUGGGGGAGAGAAAGGGGCCUCCUGCACAUUCCAGGUCACCGCACUUGUCUGAUGGGUGUGAGUCGGCAGCACCUAGACUUGUUUAAACAAAGUCAUUGGCUUGGCCAGGUUCCGUACUUUAAAAGUAUAGUUAUGUCUAAAUUCAUUAUAGUUUUUAAUUGGGCAUUAUUAAAUUUUUGUGAAAGCUCAUAAUAAAAAGCAUCUAUACUGUAAAGUAAAUGAACAACUGGCCUGUGUAUGAAUUAGCUGUUGCACAGCAUUGGGAAUUUGUGUGCACACGACAGAAUUGCAUAGAUGGUCGUGACUCGGCGCUCGCUAUGAACUGUGCAACCAGUAAGGAAAACUGUCCUUCAUAAAUCUAAUGUUUAUUACGUUUCCUUUCGUCUUACACUUUCUUGUCCACAUUGUAUAAAAGUAAUCUCUCGUGAGAAAAGUGUCUUCCUACUGCUGAUGCUCAAGGUAUUCAAAUGAACACGCGAACGGUGUGCCCUGGUGAAGGCUGCGUCCAGCGCAGGCAGGGCAACAGGGGAUUGGACCUGGACUCCGGCCCUGUUUCAGGGCAGCCCCUGGAGAAGAUGGCGGAGACCAUCCUGACCUCCAGCAUUCAGGCCUGGCUAGAUGAUUUACAGGGAAUAAAGGGAAGAAUCCCAUUUAAGAGUAGGGGAGAGGUCUGUUGAUUCCUUAACGAAGAGUUUUUGAAAUUGAAUUACAAAGUGUCCCUCCUUUGGCUUGGGCUGGACAGUUUACUCAGUGAGCCACGGAGCGUCUUGUGUGCUCUGGUAAUAAGCCUUUUCAACAGGCGAAAGCUUCCCUUUCAAGAACUGGUGGUCUUUAUUUUUUCGGAGUCAGUAUCGGUGUUUUAAAGGUGCCAAAGAUUGACUUUGCACUAUUCCCUUUCAGUUAGAGACCACUGAUAUUUUUUUUUUCCAAGUUAGCAAGUGUUUCUAUCUUCUUUUCAUAUACAACUUUGGAAAUCUACUUGAUUUUAGAGACUGCUCACUUGCCGCAGGGUGGGGAGUGAGCGUGCAGCAAGUCUUUAAAGGUCCCCAUCACACCAACAGCAAGGCUUCCUUGCUUGCACUGUCCUGUAAGUCAGUGAAUUGAGAAGUAUGCUACCCCUUCUACCGUAAGUUUUCUUUUUUUAAUAGGUAGGUGGGGCCC